AUGGAGUGUGAGACGAUGGAGCCGGUUCGCUCGACGCCGCCUCGCCACGAGAAAAGUUUGGGGCUCCUCACUAUAAAGUUUGUAGGUCUGCUCCAAGAGGCCAACGACGGCGUCCUCGACUUGAAAGUGGCCGCAGACAUCUUGGCAGUGAAGCAAAGGAGACGUAUAUACGACAUCACCAAUGUGCUGGAAGGUGUGGGCUUGAUAGAGAAGAAAAACAAAAAUGUGAUUCAGUGGAGAGGUGAAAACAAUGGGAAUCAAAACCAGGAAGUUCUUGACCAGGUGAGGGUUCUGCAAACCCAGAUCUCUGAGCUGGAGGCCCAAGAAAUAGAGCUGGACAAGCAAAGGAAUUGGCUGCAGCAGAACACAGACCACCUGAACCGUGAUCCAAUCACAAGCAAUUAUAAAUUUGUGACGCAUGAGGACAUCUGCAAUGCCUUCUGUGGUGACACUCUCCUCGCUGUCGUGGCUCCAUCUGGGACGCAGCUGGAGGUGCUGCUACCAGAGAAGGCUCAGACUGGUCGUAGCAACUACCAAGUGAACCUGCGUAGCAAGCUGGCCCCCAUAAAAGUCACACUUAUCAACCAAGACUCAGACAACGGCGUGCCGGUGGUCUUCCCUGUGCCCCCCACCGAUGUAAUUGUGACCGAUUCCAGCACCGCAUCUUCCCCAUUCUGUAGCCAAGAAUUCCUUGGCUCAGACCAGCAGAUGGCGUCGUCAAGACAAGACGCCAAUCUGUGGCAAGCAUCCACUCAAGUGCAUAUGGAACGACCCAAUGAUCUGGCGACCACUUUGGAACUGGAACAGAUGGACUUGGCUGGCCCAGAGUUUCAGUCUGUAUUGGAUACGUGCAACCUGCUGCGGCACAACAGUGUUGCGGAGCAAAUGAAGGAUGACAGGGAGAAAGCUGUUGACUUUAUUGAUGAGCUGAUGUCUAGUGAUGGCAUGGACUACAGCUUCAUCCUUGACGACGGUGCUGGCGUGUGUGACCUGUUUGACGUGCAAGUACUCAACUACUAA